AGGGGGCGGGUCUGAGUAACGGGAAAACUCAAAAACACGCAGCAGCAGCAGCAGCAGAGAUUCACUACGAGCAGAGACUACACCUCUCCCGUUCUCCCUAAACAAGAGACUGCAGCUCCCGCCGAACAGAGAAAAUGAGAGAUGAGGCAGAAGUGGAGAUUAUUGACUCUGCUGAGCAUUGUGAAGGAGGCCACAACCAUAACUCUCCAAGUGAAACAGGAGCACUAGUGGAGGUCAGCUUCCAGAAAAAUCCCAAUCAAGUACUCAAAUACUUGGAGGCGGAGCCAAAAGUUUUAGGGGUUACACAGAUUUUACUGAGUUCCUUUUUAAUAAGUAUCUCCAUUACAUCACUGCAGAAGAGCAUAUACACAGCGCAAAUCAUCUUUUGUAGCCUGUCUACAGUUGGCAUCAUAGCUGGUAGUGUGGCAAUAGCUGCACAGAAUCUCCGUCUUCCUAAACUGAAGGCCUGUUUGGGGAUGCAGAUUGUUUUGUGUGUAGUGUCAGUGACCUCCUUUUUUAUGAGCUCGGGGGUAAUUAUGUACACCCAUGUGUAUCACCGCUGCUGGGAAUUUGAACAUGAUAACCACACUUCUAAAAUAUUCGAUUUGUGCGAAGGGUUGUCGAUUGCGUAUGAUCAUGUGAAAGGACUGGAAAUGCUAGUGCUCGGAGCUCAGAUUGCCAUCUCUGCCACUUUAUCUGCAUUCUGCUGCAAAGUUAUUCAGUGCUGUUCUCCCCGGUCCAGCAUUCCCACGAUUGUUCUGAAUGCAGCCUCAGCUCCUCAGAGACGGCCAUCCAUACAAUAAACCAUGUUAUCAUUCAUAUGCUGUUACACAUAUACACAUAUACACAAGUAUGUAAUGAAUUUGUAACAUUAAACACCAAUCUAGUACUAAAAGUAAUACAAUUCUGCUCACUUAGAUUUUGUAAAUCUUACUGUUCUAACACACUAAUACACAAUAUUAUGUUUAAGAGGAAAAAUAAAUACACUGUAAUUAUAUGCAUCAUAUGUAUCAUUUAGGAGUCCUAUGAAAAUGUAUAAUUUUUUUUUUCUACCUAAAAUAGUUUAGACCAUUAAUAGAGCUGCAUACACAUACAUAUACUCAAGAUUAUAUACACAAAUGAAUGUGUUAUUACACUGGACUUGUAUACCAGCCACAAAUGAUAUAUGGAUUUGAAUCAUAAUGUGAAACUAGUCUCUUUUGUUUUAGCUUUUAAUUGGUGUACAAAGAGUAUCCAAGUCUAAAGUAGGAGCCCCAACAGCACUUCAAUCCAUCUGAAAUAAUAUCCACAUAAAAUAUCUGACAUUAUUUUGGAUAAGAGUUGUAUACUAUUAAAUUUUUUUU